AUGGCAUCCUGUAUCCCCAUACAGGCCCCAAAGAAGGAUGAAGUGGCGUAUAUGAGCAGAAAGGGAUAUCACUGCAUCAACGUGCAAGCAGUGUGCGACGCCAAAAUGAGGUAUGCCUGUAAGUCAUAUCUGCUCACACCACUGCCAUCUCCUAAUACAGCCAGUGAGGAGAGGUGCCUCCACAGGUCCAGUGGCUGCUUACUGUUCCAGCCUGAGCGAUGCAUUAAUGUGAUAGCUGCCUGCUUCCAGCUACAUAACAUCCCUAUCAGCCUGAAGCUGCCCCAACCCACUGAGCCACUACCCCAAGAGGACUGUGAGGGAGACAGAGAAGACAACAAUCACUGUGCUACACAUGGUGGCCAGGCUGUCAUGAGACACCUUAUCGAAUCACGAUUCUCUAGUAAGUAA